CACCUACCAUAACCUCUUCUAAAACUGACAGUAGAUGAUGACAUUGUGUAUUUUAUUUAAACGAUCCACUAGAGAAUUCCAGAAUAAUUACAAAAUUUUAGUGAAUAUUUAAUUAAAACGAAAUAUGGCUACCGGCCUUUUUGGCUGGGAUUUGCUGUAUGCCAGCGUUGAGAAGGAUAUAAAGAGUAAUCAAGAUAUUCUGGUAUGUUUAACUCAUUUGGUAUUGGUGUCAAAUGGUUUUAAAUGUAUCGGUUUGGGAGAAUCAAAGAAUAUCGAUGGAUCUGAAGCUAAAAGUGAAGCUCUACCUAAAGGCUGGAAUGAAGACUAUGCAAUAAGGUAUGUCUUCCAAGGACGUUUGUAUAAUUUUAAAGCUACACCUUUGGAUGAUGGUGUAAUGCUUAAUCUUAUAAGAGCCGACGAACGAACAGUUUCUUUAUUACAACUUAAUGCUGGUUCAGUUGCACAAAAAUCUGGUACAUUAGAUGAAAUGAUUCCAGAUCAUAAGAAUGUUGUGGACUUAAUAAAAAGGCAAUUAAUUGAUAAAGUGGUUGUUUCCAAAAAAUCUAGAGAAAUGUCAAGUCAAACAGAGCCCGAAACCACAGGAAGACGUUUAGAUAAUCCUUUAAUGGUACCUUCAGCAAACCCUUUAAGAGGGCCCGCUUUACCUGAUCCUUUAGGACGACCAGAUAUAUUGGGCGUCCCAUCAAAUUAUGGAAGAUCGGACUUGGAUCCUUUUGGCGGCAUUGAUCCAUUGAGAGUUCCCAAUCGUAUUUUGCCUCCUACUGGUGGUGGCAUGAUUUACCAACCACCUCCCCUUCCGUCAUUUCCAGGAGUUAAUCCCGGUGUCCCACCAGGAUCUAUACCGCCUGGAGCAAGAUUUGACCCAUUUAGACCUCCACCUGACACUGAUAGAUUUGCUUCUAGAGGCCCUCGCAGACCCGACAAUGAUGAAUUUCCACCCCCGGGGUAUGACGAUAUGUUUAUGUAAGGUAUAAGGCUGUAUUUGCUUUAGAAUGUAAAAUAAAUAAGUGGAAUUUAA